AUGAGCAACUCCCAAAACAUUGGAGGAUCUAAUGCACCAAUCACAGCUGUCAAAAAUCAACUAAUUACGGCGGAGGAUGGUGUCACAGCAAUAUUAUGUAAGGGGGAUUGUACAGCUCAGAGAGGCCAGCUUUCAUUUAUUAAGAAAAAAGUCUUCCUUGCAGCUGAAACAACUGGUCGUGUGGCUGUUGGUGGGGCUGCCUUGUUUGGUGUGGGAGCCCUGUGUUAUAGGUUGGGAUUGUCCAAUAAGACGGGUGCUAUGGUAUGGCCUCAGGCGUUACAUGAUUAUGGGAAGUCACCAUACUCUUAUUUUGGUGGAAGUCUUGCCGUAACAGCAGUGUCAGCAUAUAUUACCAGUCAAAGCAGAGCAGUAGUUACCCUGAAGAGGGCAAAUCCAUGGCUGGUUGUGGGUGGAGGAAUUAUUGCUACAAUAGGCAGCUCUAUAUUGUGUAUGAGUUUGCCACAUGAAUCAGGGCUGAAUGCAAAGCAUAUUGCUUGGGUUGGUCACAGUGCUCUUGUAGGCACCUUUAUUGCCCCUUUCAUGUCACUUAGAGGUCCAUUAGUGCUGAGAGCUGCUGCUGUGACUGGUGGUGUAGUUGGGGCCUUGUCUCUGACAGGUGCUUGUGCACCUGAUGGUAAAUUUCUGUCAUGGGGUGGACCGUUGGCCAUCGGC